UGUGGCUUUUGUGCCUGCUGUGAACGGUCUGCAUUGCACGGAGGCUGAUUUGGACUCAACGUUAUAUUCGCCUUUUGUGCGUGCUCGAUUUCUGUGGCGAGAGCUCCUCAGUAGACUGGGCAAGGCUUCAAUAAGGUGAGAGUUGAGUACACAGCAGAGGAGCAAAAGGGGAGCUAGGCCAGCAACAGUCCUGUGUGCUCUCCCCCCUCCAGUACAAUAACACAACAAAGGCGUUCCAUUCAAAUGCGGGACUGUUAACUUGUGUGCGUCUGGAGGAUCACUGUCUCCUCAGUCACACGGCACAGAGCAGAGGUGACACCAAUGCAAAUACUGCACCAGACUGUUUCCUAAAAUGAAGAAGAGGAUUGGCUUGCCUGCUUUCUUGGUUAUGCUCUAAUUGGAGAACAUGCUACAUACAUGGACUACUAGUACAUGAGUUUAGAAGGAUACCUUUGGUUCAGACAGAAAAAAGGGAAAAAAAUGUAGAAAAAGAGAAGGUUGGAAAGAUGGAUGGAUUUUUAUUCUGCCAUUUGUUGUUAUACAGAUUUUAAUUCAAGAAGGUAGCAACAGCUGAGAAGCCCUUUUAGUGAAUAUUAAAAAAGGAAAAAAAAACAACUCUUGUACAAUCGUGUUACUUGAUUUUAACCAUGGCCACUGAAAGCCAAUUUUCACGAAAUACUUCUGAACGAAGUAGUCAGCAUAUCCUGGGCUCUAACAAACGCCCAGACCCAGUGUUGGAUUCGAUAAGACAGAGAGCUUACCAGGGGGGAGGGGGUGGUAUUGUGGGAGGGGUAGACUUCUACCCUCGCUCAGUGGGAUCCCACAACACCUCUGGCGAAAGCAGUGCCAGCUCCACAGGUGAGAACCCCAUACAUUCAUAUAACAGGAUGAAUGGUACAGCUCAUGAUGAUAGGCAUCACAUCCAAGACUCUUAUAACACUGGCCCAGACACAUUCCAGAGAGCUAAGGCAAUAAGACCUGGGGUGUUGGACCAUAGAAAUUCAUACAAUGAAAAAAUCCUGGCUAGUUAUCAUGGCCAAGGAUUGUCGUUUCCUGGCCAGGUGAAUGUAGGGGUAACCAGGCAGAAGCCUCUCCUUCAGCAGCAUCACCAGGAACACAGCAGUCCUCACCGUAUUAGCUAUCAUAGUGUGUCUGGGAAUUCCUCUCUCAGUGGUACUUUAUAUAGAAGUAACAGCAGCCUGGAUAUAGACCAGGUAGAUUAUUCAGACCACCAUCGCACAGGAGGGCACCAUCAGAGUGCACUGAGAAGGAAUUAUGGGAGUGCAAAUUCUCUAGACAUUGUUGAUGCAGGGAAUGAGAGCUUCUUUGAAAUGUUGAGUUCUUUUAGGCCUGAAAAUUUUGAUCAGAGGGCACCUGCACCUCCACAGAUUCAUGAGGUGCUAAGGGGUAAGUUGGAUUUGACUACUCCCACUAAACAAUUGUCUCAACAGCAACAACAGCAACAGCACCCUGGGGGAGCAUCUUCCUCUAAGGUGGCUAAUGGUUCAGUCCCAGUGGAUCAGAAAUCCCCAGAGAGGGCACAGAGUCCUACAGGGAAACUCCCUGCAGCCAGAAGUGUCACCAAAGAGAGAAAGCCAAGGGCAAAGUCUGUGUCAGGAGACGGAGCGGGACUAUUUAGAAAGUUAAGAGGUACAAAAACCGAUGUCGCCGAAACUGUAAGCAAGACUUCAGACUCUUCAUCAGAGCUUGAGUAUAGUACAGAGGAAUACUUACGACGCAAAGCCUUGACGCAUUAUGACUGUCAGAGCGUUGGAGUUAAUUUCGUUGAAGUGGUAAGGAGGAGGAAUUCAAUACGCAAAAGACGCAAUACGACAACUGGGGCAUCUGCUGCCUCUGCUCAGCGCCAGAACAAGGAGAAAGAAAAUGGUGGCGAUAAAUCUGAAGAAUCAGACAAUGAUGAUUCUGAUGAUGGGGAUGGACGGAGCAAUGAACUGGUGCUUAGCUGCUCCUUCUUUCGCAAUGAAUUAGGUGGGGAGGAAGAGCGCAUGAUAAGCUUGACGCAGAGCACGGCACAAAGACGCGUCCAGCAGCUGCUAGGCAAUCGCAAUGUUAACUCCCAUAUGAUGAUGCGUCCCCCAGCCUGUAGUGGGAUGGCCAUUUUGGAUGUUUCUAAGUUACCUGAUGGUGAAACUGAACCAUCAAUCAUGGCACACCGAGGAUAUAUAAUCGAACAUUUAGACCAUGGUGCUUUCUAUUAUAGAAACUUCUUCUAUAACCAAGAACAUCAGAACUACUUUGGGGUGGAUGAGAAUCUAGGUCCUGUGGCCCUCAGUAUUAAACGUGAGCGAGCUGAUCAUAGAGAGAGCAAGGGUGAGGGAGGACAGCCCUACCAGUACAGGGUGAUAGCAAGAACCAGUGAGUUAACUACACUAAGGAUAACAAUCUUGGAGGAUGCCAUUCCGUCAUCCUCACGUCUUAGCAGUUCUCGUGGUCUGCCCAUCAAGGAGGUGCUGGAAUAUGUGUGCCCCGAGAUUCAGCUGUCUUGUCUACGCCAGGCUGUGCCCGGGAACAAGGCUGCUGAGCAGCUCAUGAAGCUGGAUGAACAGGGGAUCACAAAAACUUACAAAAUUGGUGUUAUGUAUUGCAAAGCAGGUCAGUCUACAGAAGAAGAGCUCUACAAUAAUGAAUACGCAGGACCAGCUUUUGAUGAAUUCUUAGACUGCAUUGGACAGAGAGUGCGCUUAAAAGGAUUUGAGAAAUACAGGGCUGGUUUGGAUAACAAAACUGAUUCCACUGGCACCCAUUCUUUGUAUGCCACCUAUGCCAACAAUGAAGUGAUGUUUCAUGUGUCCACCUUUCUGCCAUACACACCAAAUAACAGACAGCAGUUGCUGAGGAAGCGCCACAUUGGCAACGACAUAGUCACCAUAGUGUUUCAGGAACCAGGUGCCCUCCCCUUUACUCCCAAGACAGUCCGCUCCCACUUCCAACAUGUCUUCAUACUGGUGCAGGUGUACAAUCCUAACACUGAUCAUGUCAGAUACAGUGUGGCUGUGUCAAGGUCCAAAGAUGUGCCUCCAUUUGGGCCAGCCAUUCCAGAGGGUGCUAUCUUUUCUAAAUCACAGGAGUUUGCUGACUUCCUGCUUGCCAAAGUUAUAAAUGCAGAAAAUGCUGCACACAAAUCAGAAAAAUUUGUUGCCAUGGCAACUCGGACACGACAAGAGUAUCUGAAAGACUUAGCAACCAAUUACAUCAGUACAACAGCCUUAGAGUCCAGUUCCAAACUAAGCAAGUUUGGUUUGGGCAGUGGAAGGAAGAAAGAACGUGCCAAGCAGAAAGUGGUGCCAGAUAUUUAUGCUAAGGGAGGAGUGGUAUGGAGUGUACAGGUUGAAGACUUCAGCCAGAACUCCAACAUCAACUGUUUCCUGGCCAUAGCUCCAGAUAGUGUGGUGGUUAUAGAGGAAGAGAGCAAGGAUGUCGUGUUCACCAUCCCUAGUAAGUCAGUCAUUGGCUGGACCACAGGGACUGACAGUAUAAGAAUCUACUAUGACCAUGGGGAAUGUGUCCUUGUCAAGCCCCACGCUGGCUGUGACAUCACAGAGGAACUCCAGGAAAUCAUCAGCAGACUGCAAGUGGUCACUCAGGGAAUUGAGACAGUGGAAAUGACAUUACGGCGUAAUGGCUUGGGCCAGCUAGGCUUUCAUGUCCAUUAUGAAGGGAUAGUAUCUGAUGUAGAACCAUACGGAUUUGCCUGGCAAGCUGGUUUGAGACAAGGCAGCCGAUUGGUUGAGAUCUGCAAAGUUGCCACAGCAACACUAUCGCAUGAACAUAUGGUAGAUCUGUUACGUACCUCGGUGACUGUCAAAGUGGUUGUUAUCCCACCAUUUGAGGAUGGAACUCCAAGAAGAAUACCUGAGGACCCUUACUCCAGUCAGUCCUCUCUGAGCUCCCAGCACACUGUCUACUCUGUUGAGCAUGCUUAUGUAGAUGACUCCCUGCCGCCUUCUGUGCGCAGCUCUAUGCGUAGUCUGCCUGGCAGCGGGGUUUACAAUCCAAGGUCUGAGUCCAAACUGUCCAACUCUACCAGCCACAGUGGGAGCAACACAAACACCCUGUCUUCUACAGCUAGUUACGGAUCUAAAGGCAGAGGAUCUAGUGUGGACACUACCCUUCACCAGAUGCCUGAACCACAGGUGAAAAAUUGGUCCAGCAAGAGCUCAUCUCAGCACUCUGGGAGAGACCAAGGUUUAUCACAGAAGACAGGAGACCAUGAAGACUGGUAUAGGGAGACUGGUUCCACAGGUCUACAGGGCCAUCACAAUAAUAAUUACCUGAGUUCAGCUGAGCAGGGCUACAAGGUCCUGACUGCCUCAACCCCAGGGACUGGGUUUACCUCCGACCACAUGCAUCAGAGUAGCUCCACCACCACUCCUGUUCCCUCACAAGAUGGCCAUGGUGGCAGCAGCAGUGGCAAGCCCAGUCCUGGCACUGGCUCUAACCAAAACCGCUCCCCAGGCCAAUCUGGGAGUGACCACCGCCGCAUGCUGGCAGCGAUCAGUGGCUCUAAUCCCUCCAUCAGCAGUUCUAAUCUCAGUCAGAUCAGUGAUGUGUCUUCUUUGUCCAGCAACUCAUCCCACGCAGGCAGUCGGUCACGCCCACAGCACGGCUCAACUAUGGAACUAGCCCCGAGGGAUCAUGGGAAAGAUGAUCGUCGUCAAACUACCCCAGUGAUAGGUGGCGCUAAGUCAGCAUUCCGUCGCCCAUAUCUAGACAUGUCUCCCAUGAGCAGCAACAGCAGUAGUCCCAAGUCUAACAGAAAUGCUCAAGUGCCAGAUGAUUCCUUCUCAGCACGUUUAAGACCAGGAGUGUCUGCACUGCCACCUAAGGGACUGCCUCCAAAGCCAACCAGCCAAUCAACAAUGUCAUUCCAAGAGGAACUUAUGAGGCUCAUAGACCCUGAUGUAUCAGAUGCAGAGAUUCGUCAAAACAAGGGCACAAAUCCUCAGGCUCAGUUUUCAGCCAAGCGCGGAGCCAGGUUACAGCGCACACUGUCGGAUGAGAGUUUGGCAGGUGGGGGACCCCCAGUACGUGGCAAGUCUCUACUUCCUAUGGACAUGCAGCUCGGCAGCGAUGUGAUCUUCACCACUGCUGUACCAGCUCAGGUGAUAUCUACCAGGAGGGAGGAACUCUCCAAGGAACAAAGGUUGUCUCCACGUGCGACCACCAGCUUUCACAAACGAGAUGGCCAUUCCAGUAACAGCCCCAUCCUCCCUCUGCCAGAUGCUGCGUCAGGAUUGGACUGGAACAACCUAGUAGAUGCAGCCAAUAAGGCUUUUGAAACACUGGAUGUCAAUAAUGACAAGUCAGACAGUGGUGUAGCACUCAGUGAUUCAGCAGAGAUGCCUGAUGACCACGGAGGAGGAGGAGAUGCAGGGAGAUUGGGAGACAGAGGGCGCUAUACAUCUCAUGACCGGCACCUGCCAAGACAAGCUAACCCAAGCACUCCUUGGCGCCCAGUACCUCCUGCCUCGGCACAGAGGGUACAGGAGCUAGAGGCCAGAUGUGUGCAGUUGCAGCAAGAGUUAGACAAGGAAAGAAGAGCAAAACGGGGGUUGGAAAGUGAAAUUGAACACCUGAAACAAGAAAAUCUACUCCUCCUGAGAGCCCUGUAUAACAACGACAGGCGUGGCCAAAUGCAACUCUGUCGCUUUGGACUCAGAGGUUCAAACCACCACUUUUGAGAGACAGCUCACUGACACUCACUAACAUUUCUUCACUAGGAAACUCAGGGGGGGUUACUACAAGUAUUCUUCUCCUCCCCCCCUGGGUUAUCAUUUACUCUGUAUAUUUGACUUUUCUCAUCUCUUACGCAGGAGAGACAAGAUAAAGACGCUCUGCAGAUGGAGGUCCAGCAGCUGCGACAAGACAAUUUACGCCUUCAGGAAGAAUCUCAAACUGCAGCUGCACAGCUACGGAAAUUCACAGAAUGGUUCUUUAAUACCAUUGACAGACAGUAACGGAGAGAGAGCGCCAUAUCACAGUUUUCUACCACUACCUAUUAUGACAACAUGUGUGACUUCAAUUUUUUUUUAAAUUAAAUAGAUAUAGAUGGUAUGAAUAUUUAUAAAGAAUCCAGCAAAGCGGCAAGUGAUGGAGUAGUUUAGAGGACAGCAUAUUUCUGACUCAAAAAACAAUCAAAAUUAACUUAAAAAAAAAAAAAAAACUAUGACUGAUUUGACUAACUUUGCUUAGCCAUCAAUUAAAAUGGUAGUUGCCAGUAUACAAGAAGGUGCCAGACAUUGUCAUUGCAACAUACAUGACAGUGAACACAAUUUGUGCAUUUUUGUUGAGACAUCAAGAUUAUGACUAUUUUUGUGUGAAAUGAUGAGUUUCAUUACAGGAGUUUAUUGCUUAUUAAUUAAAUGUUUGAUUAAUGUUUUGAGUUUCAUUGGUUUUGUGCAAGCUUAUUGUUAUCAUUUUAAAAUGUCUCAUUUUAAGACAUCAGUACAUAAUUUUUAGACACUGUACACUUGCUAGAACUGAGGAUAUCAUGUUGUAGAUUUAUUGAAGAAUCGCGUUCAAUAGUACACCCAGAAUCUCAAGUGGUACUCAGCAUCAUAUCAUCUUUUUCAUUGUGUAUAUAUAUUUUUUCAUAUCAGUCAUUGUCUGUGAGGUAUUCUGUCAAUCUUUAUUCACAAUAUUUAAGAAAUCUGAAAUCUUUAAGAAGUCAGUGGAAUCUUGGUAGAUAUCAAAGGGUAAUGUUGUGUUUUUAUUUUUAAUUUUUUUUGACAUUGGGAAUGGGGUAUAAACAGAUAUUUUCUUUUUUAAUGUCAGUCAGUGGUUUAAGCAUCUUACUUGAAUAUAUACUGUGUACCAAAAUAAAUUACAGUUGAUGGCAUUUCAUAUUUCAAAGCGUUAUAUAACAUGGUCUAUUCAUUCAAAAAAACUGACACUGCAACUUUUUUGAAAACUUUGAAACAUGAAGAAUAUUAUAUUUAUUCAUCCAUGUAGAUUCUGAAAGUGCUACAUGUAUUUCUUAUAGGGGUGCAUUAUAUAUUUGUGAAAUAUUGCAUUCAACAAGCAUUCAAAUGAAUCUUCACCAUGCUCAUUUGCCACCAAAUCUGUACCAAAUUGUUUAAGAAACUCUCUUGUUUCAGUGGUUUAGAAUUGAUUUUCUUAACAUGUGUACCUAGAGGGCCAUGAUACCUGUGCUGCAUGACUGACUGAUUUCAGAUGUGAUAGUUGGUGUGUUUACCACCUUUGUAUUAUACUGUCAUAUCCCAACUUUCAGGGUAAAUAUGAUAGGAGUUUGGAUUGCAUAUUUAACAAGUAAAAAAAUUGAAAUUAAAACUGAUAUGUGACGCUAGAUACCUCUAAUGGCAGUAGAGUCAUUUAAUGUAAGGCAGAAGCAGAAAUAACAGUUGUAUGUGAAUGCAUGUAUCUUAAUGGCAUUAGGAUGGAGUUCCUUUUUUGUAUCAAAUAAGGAAGUUGUUUGACUGAUAAGCAUAAAAUGGUUUGCAUAUGCCAUGUUUGAACCAGUUUUUUCUUAUUUCUAGAAAAAGGUUCGAAAUUUGAUAUCAUACAUUUAUUAAAGUUAAGAUAAGUUAUUAAAUAUAGAAAA